UCCGCUGUACAACAAAUGGUUCAAGGCUCUCUCCCAGAUCUCACCCUAUGCAGCGUUUUUCUCCGGGUCAGUCUUUGUCUAUCAUGCGUGAUGCCGGAAACGAUGUGAAAUUGAGCGACUUGAGGAGUUUGAGAGAGCUGCAACUGUGCAUGUUUGGCAUGAAAACGACCAACCUCAAUGACAUGACGUUUAUGGAUUUAUCAACGCCUGACGGUGUUCUCGACUGGAGAUGCUCUUUCUGCAGGUGGAGGAGCACUGGAGCAGCAACCGGGGAAGAGCUUUCAAGAACUUGCAGUGGUAAAGUUGACGAGCUUCAAGUGUCAUGUCACUGCAAUGAGAUUGAGCUGGUGCACUUUCUGUUCAGGAAAGCCAACUUUCUUCAGAGAUUGAUACUAGUUGCUCCCAAUCCCAAUUGGGUGCACCCAGGACAGUAAGCCGGUCUGCUGCAUCCCGAAAAAGCUUCUGCAAGUGCGCGGGUAACUCUUUGUGGUUAUCAUGAUUCUAGACUUAAGCCAUUUCAUUCUGUCUGCCCGGUAGUAUUGUUCAGUCAGCAGUCGAGCUGUGGCUGUAGGUUUCAAAAUUGAGGUCUAGAACGUGCUAACAGAUAACAUGUGCAGAAACAAUUAACUUCGGUGUAACUGAAGUAACUGAACAAUGUGACAGAAGUGCAUUAUAGAUUGUAUAUAUGUUGUUGCCUAUUACAACAUUCUACCAACGUAGCUAUAUGUAAGUUU